GCAAGCCAGAAGAAUUCCGGUGGAACUCGGAAGAGAAGCGUCUGUAUGGUAUUUUAAAUGAAGAGAUAAAAAUGAAAUCCACGCUCUAGAACUAUGACCACAAUGGAGUCUGAGGGGAAUGCACUCUGUGUUGAGUUUCCGAACUUCUCCGGUUCACUUUUGCAAAAGCUCAACCAGCAGCGCCAGAGGGGACAACUGUGUGACAUCGUUGUGGUGAUCCAAGGCCACCAAUACCGGGCUCACCGGGCUGUCCUUGCCGCCAGCUCUCCCUACUUCUGUGACCAGGUACUUCUCAAAAACAGUGUCCGCGUUGUUCUACCCGAUGUCAUGCAUGCGUGCGUAUUCGAGCGCCUUCUCAAUUCCUGUUACACGGGCACGCUCCUCUUACCUGCGGGGGAGGUCGUAGCUUUCCUUACGGCGGCUAGCUUCCUUCAGAUGUGGCACGUAGUAGACAAGUGCACUGAGCUCCUGGAGGUAGGAGGCUCCUCUAGCUCUUUAGCAUUCAAGUCUGGAGCAGGCCAGGGGGCGUCUGUUUGUGUCAUUGGGACAGAAGACAGACCCUCCCCUGGAGACAGCAGCUACCAUAGCCCUGGGGAUAACUCCAUGGGCCUUGAGCCGAACGGACAAGCAGUGGAUGGCUUUGCCAAGAUGGAGAUGGAUCAACUUCUGGAAGGCAGCUUCUCUCCGCCUGCUCUGGAGCCCAGUGUCCAGCCUAGUGGUAGCUGCUCCCCACCAGCAGAACCCGAGUGCUCAGGUAGCGAGGUUGUCAGUCAGAAUGGAGAGGACGAAGAGCGUGGUGACGGGGCUUCGCAGUACGCUAGACCGACCUAUGUCCCGCCAAGCAUCAUGGGCCACAGGAAGUGGGUCCAUGUGAAAGCAGAGAGGCCUGAACGGGAGGAUUGUGGUGGCUUGUUUUGUGGGGAUGCGGUCGGCACAGACCCAGAAAAGUUUAACUUUGGCCGCUCCCAGCCCUCAGCUAGUUCCUUGGAUAACAGCAUUGAUGAAAAACUUGUUGCUCAAUUGGAAGAGGAGGAGGGCCUAGAUGAUGACCGACCUUAUGAGGAUCCGUUAGACUUCUAUGGUACCACCAUGGGCUUUUCAACUAAUAAGGCUGAUGGGACCUCAUUAGACCUGAAGGAAGAUGCACUAGAAGUGGGAGCUGGCAAUAGUGGUGGUGGGGAACAAACCUCUGGUAGCCAUCAGGAAGAUGCGUCUCAUUCAGGCUUUGCCUCCGUGGUUUACAAGCUCUACCCCUGUCAGUGUGGCAAGAGCUUCACCCACAAGAGCCAGCGUGACCGGCACAUGAGCAUGCACCUGGGCUUGCGGCCUUACGGCUGUGCGGUGUGCGGCAAGAGCUUCAAGAUGAAGCACCACCUUGUGGGCCACAUGAAGAUCCACACAGGCAUCAAGCCGUACGAGUGCAGCCUCUGCUCCAAGAGGUUCAUGUGGAGGGAUAGCUUUAACCGUCACACCUCCUCCUGCACCAGGACCCACCAGGCUAGAGGUGCAGUUAACGAUCAGCCCCCAGCCCAAAUGUGCUGAUUCUAGACCAGAUCCCCUAACCUCAUACACCUCCUCACAAACCUUCACCUGGUGGAGGUUGCUCUAUUCUGCGGAUCCUAGAUCUUGUUUCGUCUUCAAUGAGCAGGCCACCAGGACCAUAGAUGGUACAUCAGAUAUUUGAUAUACAAGAUUUGUUUUGCAAAUCCAAAGUGUGCCGUAUUAGUGUAAAUAGUGCAAGAGCCUGUCCGUCCAGAUGGAUUUAUCCAAGAUCAGGAUUCUUGGACCCCGCUUUGCAUUUGGAUAUGAUCUGCUGAUGCAAAAUCCAAACCUCAGGUCGUGGGAUAUGGACAGUUACUCCCAUGAAACAUGAGUGACAUGCACAUACUUUUCAAAGGCUGCGUGAUCAUGCUUUCUAAGUGGGGUUUGUUUUACCUCAGUAUUCACUUCAGUCAUCAGUCAUCAACAGCACAAUGGCCAGUCAUGAUCUGUUAUGGUUACUACAUCAUUCUUGGGCCUUUUUUGUUGUUGAAAUUGAAAAAAAGCAAGUAUUGUUUAUAGAGUACAUCCUUUCUCAGGACUUCCGGCCAGAACCUUAUGAGAUAGUGCCAUUUAUUCUAUACAUUUCUCAACAAUUACUCAGUUUUGUGAUCCAAUUGCCUCUUCAUUCUUGUCAUCAAUUAAUUAUAAUUUUGCAUUCCUGUCUUUGGAGGCAAAUCAUGUAAUUGAGAAUAUAUAUAUAUAUAUAUAUAUAUUAGUAAAACUUGAACAGUUGUAGGAAGUUACUGUAUAUUUUGGUCAGAAGUGUCUGGUGUCAACUAUUUGCCAAGUUAAAUCAUAAUUUUACAUGAGCUGUUGAGUUCAAAGUUUAUUGCAUUAACACAUUGAUGGACAAUAUUCUUUGAGUGAUACACAUUUCAACCUUUUCUCUCCGUGUGUGAUGUGAACUUGGGCUUUUAAUGACAUCUAUGCUAUUUUAUCUAUAAAAGGUUUGCAGUAAUAAAGUACUGCAAGUAGCCUACCUCUCAUUUAGAACGUACCGGAUGAGUCUUGAGGAUUUGCAGUGUAGGUAGACCAUUUGGCAAACUAGUUGUAAUGCUACAUAAAAAUAUGUUUAAUUUGUUUAAUACAGGUGGGUUGAUAACCCGUUUUCUGGGAACUUUGAUGAAUUGAAACCUCAGCUUUAUUAUUCAUCAACCGAUAUGUCAUCCAAUGUCUCUUGAAGUGUAAUAUAUAAAAACAAUGUAUAAAUGUAAACAAUGACUGUACUGUAGUUUGUAGUUACAAAAAGGAUUAACUUAUCAACAUUAUAAUUGUUUAAUUUUGUUCAUGUAAUACAUUUGUUUCUGUGAACUUUUGACUGUUUAAACAUGUUUUUGAUGUUGUUAUUAUAAGGACCGAUUGAUUGUUUUAUUACAUUCCUGUGAAAUCCCCAAACUAUUUUAUCACUUGUGUGAUUUGAGGAAAGGGCAACAGUUUGUUCUCAUUCAAGCUAAGAUAAAGGUCCAAUACUGAGUUUGUAUGCUGUACAUGCAUUAUUAUAUGUAUUUCGGCUGCUUAGAUUUUUUCCAUGUAUCUUUUUAACGUAAAUUAUUUUUUAAGAUUGACCGAGAUGGGGAGAAGUAAUUGGUCAAGUUUUUUAUUUAUAUAUUUUUUUCCCAGCAGUCUUUCCUGCUGUUAUAACAGCAAAAUCUAAUAUUUGUAUCACAUGCAACAAACAAGGACAAUCAUUUUAGUAACAUGAAUGUAAUUUUCAUGUGAGGCGGAACUUUCUUUCCCAAUGAUGAAUGAACCAGUUAGUAAUGUAAUAUAAUUAUUUUGUAACUAUUCUGAUUAGAAUUUCUGUCCUCAUUUACUGUUAGAUAUUAGGUCUCGGUUCCGUUUAAUCUAGUAAUGUUUUUUUUCACAAUUGCCUUUGUUGGUGCAGAAACAUUAUACUGAUCUACCAUGUUCUUUCAUUGAUAACAAAUAAGUGCAAUUUUUUUUACGUUGGUACAGUUAACACAUCAAAGCUUUUACAGUAAUAUUUUUGCAAUAUUUCUGACAUUCCACUAAUGUUUUAUGGGUGCACAGGAAUUAAAUCCUGGUUGGACUUUUGUGUUAAAAUGUUUGGAAAAUAGAACCAGUUCAGUUUUUUUUUUGGGGGGGGGGGAUCAUAAGUCACUCUCCUUUAUUGUAAUAUUAGUGAUAGAAUGUAAACUACCUCACAGAAAUGUGUAUAUCUUUCAAUCUUACCACAAAUUGCUCAGAUUUUUCUGACUAUCCUCACUUUUGCACCAUUUGGAUUAUUUUCUUCUUAUAGAAGAACUUUGUGAAUGUUUUGUACAAAGAGAUGUGUUCAGCAAUAAAUGUUUACCCUGUGUAAUACAUGUGUAAAAUACUUUAUACCUUCCUUAGGUUUCAAGUAAUUUACUUAUGUUGAUUGUGAAUGAGUUGAUUGUGAGUUGCCUUAAUAGGAUUCCGUAUGGUGGAACAAUGUAAUUAUUUGUAAUACAUUUCAGUAUCCCAUCUUGUAACACAUUCAUAGUAAGAGUUGUGUAAUUUUGGUGAUCUUGCUGUGAUGGGCGACAUUGGAUUGUUACAAUUGACAAAAGAUCAGUCGCUUUUUCUGCACUUUGUAGGAGUGAAGUGACCACUAGAGGUAACCAUAGUCAUAGCCAAUAGUCUAUACGCACUUAAAAAUCACAUACAAUUAAAGGCUCUUUAACAAGAGCCUGGUAAAAAAUACAGAAUACAACUACAAUUUUAACUAUAAGCUAGAUAAUUCUGUGUAUAGGACAUUAUACAUAAAACACUAUAAAUGUAUGGCCCAUAAAAAGUUGUUAAACCAUUCCUUUUCAUGUAUUUUUGACUUAAAAUGGUGAAAAUAAAGGUGAUGUGUGAAAGAUAUAAUGCUAGUAUUUAGAACAUCUGCAUUUGCAUUAGUAUCAGAUCUUAACACCAUAUCUGAAACAAUCCACAAUACAAUUUCUGAAAAAGAGGGGUAACUAGAAACUUUUACAUUUAGCUUUGGCCUGCUUGCUGCAGGUUUGAGUGUGAUGACCAGAAGAGUGCAAUGUUACAUUUUCUAGUUAUUAUCAACAGCAUUUACAUAACAUUUAGACAUUUAGCAGAGGCUCUUAUCCAGAGCGACGUACAGUAAGUAAAGGUUACAUUCUCCCCUAGGCAAGUAGGGUGAAGUGCCUGCCCAAGGACACAACGUCAUUUGGCAUAGCCAGGAAUCGAUCUUGCAACCUGAUUACUAGCCCGCUUCCCUAACAACUCAGCCACCUGACUUCUGUGUUCAAAAUAAAUUGGAAACAGAUUUUUUACUAGCCUUC